CUGGAAGCGGUGAGAGAAGCAGGCGUCCAGGCGCUCAGAUCUGCCUCCCAAAAGCUACACCAGGAUUACCAGACUCGGGCAGAAGAGCUGGAGAAAAGCCACGAGGAUGAGAAGCAGCAAAUCCAGGUCUACAACCUCCAGCAAGAAGAGGAGCUCCGGCAACGCUCCGAAAACGCCGCUCGCCUCGCCGAGGGCGUCAGGGAGAGGUGCGGCCGCAUCGCGGAGAUGGAGAGGCGGGUGCAGAGGAUGGAGGAGGAAAAGAAAACUCUGACGGAGAAGAAAAUAUCCUGCGAAAAGAUGCUCCAGCAGAUGACGUCGAGGAACAAAGACAGCAAACGGUGCGUGGAUCUCCAGCAGCAGAUCUCCACCCUGCAGGAGCAGAUCGGGCACCUGCAGCGCCUGAUCCAGGCGCAGCACCACGGCCUGCGCGGCGCCAUCCAGGAGGCGGAGGAACUGAAAAAUGAACUCAAGAGCCAAGACAAAAAAAUAGAAAACCUGACAGAGCAGCUGAAUGCGCUGGAAGCACAG